AGAUCUAGGUACCAAAAUUAAUGUAUUAUGUUAUGAAAUUGGAGAGAUAGGUAAGAUGGAUCCUGAGUUAUACAAAGCUGCAAUUGAUGGAACCUUAUCUGAGAAAACAUUGAGAGCUGCUGCUGAUUCAAAUCAGCUGGUGACAGGAGGGAAAAAGAAUACCAUUCUUCAUGUAGCUGCAAAAUCUGGUAAUUUGCAAAUUAACACAGAAGAAGAAGGUGGUGAUGAUCAUAGUCAUGGUCAUCCUCUGCUGCGUUUCCUUUACCAUCAAAACGCCGAAGGGAACACUCCGCUUCAUGUUGCAGCAAAAUCAGGGCAUGUUGAAAUGGUCAAGUGUCUGAUCUUUAAGGCAAGAAAGAUGGAUGCUAAACAAAAGAGAAAGCUGGUGACUAUGAAGAAUUUAGAGGGAGAUACAGCUCUCCAUGAAGCUGUUCGACAUAAUCGAUUCGAGAUUGUCAAGUUGCUUAUUCAUGAAGAUUCAAAUUUGGCUUGUGUUUUGAAUGGCUAUGGAGAAUCUCCUCUUUUCAUGGCUGUUGAUAGAUGCUUUUACGAAAUUUCCCUUCUCAUCUUGAAUGCUACUGCUCCCAAUAAUUGCUCUUUUGAUGGAAGGAACGGCAUGAAUGUCUUGCAUGCAGCUGUAAUUAGAGCUCCAAUUCCUAACUUUGUACAUGAGGUGUUUUUCAAACUUUCUUCUUCUUCAAUGCUGGAAAAAGCUGAUGAUUUUGGGUGGAUUCCUCUUCACUAUGCAGCACAUUUGGGCAAUAGAGAACUCGUUGAACUAUUUCUAAAUUAUAACAAUUCCCUUACUUACAAAAAUCAGAGUUCACACUUUUCAUAGUCUAUGAUUUACUUGCUUUUUUCUUGUCCACUUUCUCCAUUCUCAUCCAAUUUAUUCUACCGGCACUGGGAAGAUUUUUUACCCGCCAUUUCACAAUGAUUUUGGCGACCACUUUAACAAGUGCUUCGCUAGCCUUUAUGAUGUCUGCCUUUGAGCAAGGUAUAAAGGCAGUGCUCUCCCCUGGACCAGCAAAAGGCUUUUUUAAUAUUCCAUUCACGGCCAUCGUCACAGUAAGCUCGAUGUUAAUUGCAUUUUCAUUGUUUCCUUGUAGUAAAGGAAAACUGUACUAAAUUUGAUAUUAUUGUUACUAAAAUUGUGAAAUAAACAUGAAUGACCUAGAUGGUUGUCGUAAUUAAGAUAUUAAUGUUACUAAAAUUGAGUGGGUUUCUUCCCCAUUGUUAUAUGGAUGAUUUGGAACAUGUGAUAGGUUCAUAUAUAGUGCAAUAUUAACCAUAUAAUUCUAAUUUUUAUUUC